AUGGCGAACGUGGGGCUGCAGUUCCUGGCAAGCGCCGGGGACGCCGACCCGCAGAGCCGGCCGGUCCUGCUCCUGGGCCAGCUGCAGAAUCUGCACCGCGUGCCCUGGAGUCACCUCCGCGGGAAGCUGCAGCCCCGGGUCACCGAGGAGAUUUGGCAGACUGCAUUAGGCACACUCAAUCCCAACCCUACAGACAGCUGUCCUCUCUACUUGAACUAUGCCACAGUGGCAGCACUUCCUUCCCGAGUGAGUCGGCACAAUAGUCCCUCAGCAGCCCAGUUCAUUACCCGCCUUGUCAGAAAUUGCCUUUCAGGGGGAACCAACAGGUGCAUUUUGAUGGUCUGUGAACGCUCAGAAGUAUUUGCUUCUGCUUGUGCCCUGGCCCGAGCUUUCCCCCUUUUUACACACCGAUCUAGUGCCUCAAGACGCACAGAGAAGACUGUCACUGUGGAGUUUUUUUUGGUCGGACAGAACAAUGGACCAGUGGAAGUGACUACUCUAAAAUGUUUGACUAGUGCAACCGAAGGUGUGAGACUGGCUGCCCGAAUUGUUGACACACCCUGUAAUGAGAUGAACACGGAUAACUUUCUUGAGGAAAUUAAAAAAGUUGGAAAAGACCUGGGGAUAGUUCCAACUAUCAUCCGGGAUGAGGAACUGAAGCAGAGAGGAUUUGGAGGUAUUUAUGGAGUUGGCAAAGCUGCUGUGCAUCCCCCUGCACUGGCGGUUCUCAGCCACAUGCCUGAAGGUGCCACCCAGACCAUCGCGUGGGUUGGUAAAGGCAUUGUCUAUGACACUGGGGGGCUCAGCAUUAAAGGGAAGACCACCAUGCCUGGCAUGAAGCGUGACUGUGGGGGAGCAGCAGCUGUCCUAGGAGCCUUCAGAGCUGCAGUCAGACAAGGCUUCAAAGACAAUCUCCAUGCUGUAUUUUGCUUGGCUGAGAACUCUGUGGGGCCGAAUGCAACAAGACCUGAUGACAUUCACCUGCUGUACUCAGGAAAGACUGUGGAAAUCAACAACACAGAUGCUGAAGGCAGACUGGUGCUUGCUGAUGGAGUGUCCUAUGCCUGCAAGGACCUAGGGGCUGACAUCAUUCUAGAUAUGGCUACACUUACUGGAGCUCAGGGAAUUGCCACAGGAAAGUACCAUGCUGCUGUCCUCACCAAUAGUGAAGAGUGGGAAGCAGCAUGUGUGAAAGCCGGGAGGAACUGUGGGGACUUGGUGCACCCCCUGGUCUAUUGCCCAGAACUUCACUUCAGUGAAUUUACCUCUGCUGUUGCAGAUAUGAAGAAUUCAGUGGCGGACCGGGACAAUAGCCCCAGCUCCUGUGCUGGCCUCUUCAUUGCCUCCCACAUUGGCUUUGAUUGGCCUGGUGUAUGGGUCCACCUGGAUAUUGCUUCCCCGGUGCAUGCAGGGGAGCGAGCUACAGGCUAUGGUGUGGCCCUCUUGCUAUCUCUCUUUGGUGGAGCCUCUGAAGAUCCGCUUCUGAAAAUGGUGUCUCCUUUGGGUGAAGAAACAGACCCUCCAGGAGACAUGGAGAGAGACUUCAAAAGGCGGCGCCUGGUGUAAUCCACCCCUACCUUAGCCCACUCCCAGGGCCCAGACACCUGUAGGGUCUCUUACCUCACUUUGCACUGAUUAAUUUUAAGCAACUGCAAGAUUCCGCAUUAGAGAUUGGGAUUUUUUACUGUCGUGAUGAUGAAAUUGCUCCUUCCUACUUUUUAAGAGGUUGAGGGUUAGGAGGGAGGGAAGGGAGGGUCAGGGGUUGUUUGGGCUUGUUUUUGUGUGAGUUACCAGUUCACACAGUUACCUAACAAUUCGGACUCCCUUGGCUUUUGCAAACUUCACUAACUCCCAAGAACAGAAGGACAGAAUGACAUUCACUGUGAUCUCACAAGGUCACUUCAGUUCAUUUGUCCUCUGAGUCCAUAUCCUGUGAAGCAGCUGCCAAGCAAAGACUUAUUCACUUUGCUGCAUUGAGGUCAUCUGACCUUCAGGCUGAGGUUCUUGAGGAAGCUUCUGCUUCUCAGAAUGCAGGCAGGAGGAAGGAGCUAACCUGGCUGCAUCUUUAGCAUCAGCAUUCCCAAUGCCCAGCACAUCAUACAUAGCCUCCACUGCUGGCUGCAGGUCUCUCACCUUCUGUGAAGUGCUCUAUCUGUCCUUUUGUCCUGCUGCCCAGAAAAAAAGGUGUACCAAAGCCUAGGCCAGGCCAUGUCUUCAGCUAGUGCUUCUCUUUGGAAGGACAGAAAAUAUUAACUAUGAUGGAUCCAGACUUGAGAAUCAAUUUCAUCUACAGAGCGAAAGGAUUCUUUUGCUCUGACUACUUAUAAUUUACUCAAGAUUUUAUUAAAUCCAAAUACAUCAUCCCUCUCU